AUCCCCUUCUUUUUUAUAUUAGUUAGUGAGGCUAUCUGUUAUCCUGCUCACUCUUGUUAUAGCCUACACAUGAUUUGCAGAUGACAUUUUAAAUUCCUCCAUGUUCCUUUCACCCAGCAGUCAAUCUAAAGGUGAAAAUAUUCUCUGAUUGAAUUAUACUGUACUUCAGACUGUUUUCUCUCGUUGUUAUUUUAACCUGAAAAUACAGCACUCAAAGAGUGCAGUUCAACCCUAAUCUGGGGGAGAACGAGUUAACUCACUCAUCUGCGCGAAUUGAACCGAGCGCAGUAGGCUAUCUCACCGGCCCGGUGAUCAUGCCCGGUAACGGUGCCGAAGAAGCUCUUUACCAGAGAACUGAGAUGGAAGAGAGGAAUUUUGAGAGCAGUACUAUGAAGGCUGACUUGGAGACAGGUAGUUGCGGUGCUGCAAUCCAUUGUCGUGAUGUGUGUCGUUCAUAUGGCAAACUUAAAGUCCUCAGCAAUCUCAGCCUGACACUCCCUCAGGGCCAAAUUUAUGGGCUACUAGGGCCAAGUGGCUGUGGGAAGACCACGCUGUUAAAAUGCAUUGUGGGAACUCUGAAGAUCUCUCAUGGCCACAUCACAGUGCUGGGCAAACCACCUGGUUUCCCAGGACAUGAAGUGCCAGGAAGGAUGGUGGGAUACAUGCCACAGGACAUAGCUCUAUACAAUGAGUUCACUAUUUGUAACACACUAUGGUUUUACGGUCGAAUCCAUGGACUCUCAUCCAAAGAAACCGAAGCCAGGAUGAAUUUCCUCAUCGACUUCCUGAACCUGCCACAAAAAAACAGCCUUGUCAGAAAUCUCAGUGGAGGCCAGCGGCGUCGUGUCUCUCUUGGAGCUGCUCUUCUUCAGAACCCACAACUUCUGAUUCUGGAUGAGCCCACUGUGGGAGUGGACCCUGUUCUAAGGGCCAAGAUAUGGCAGCACCUGGUGGACAUUGUAAGAGGAGGACAGGUGUCUGUUAUUAUUACAACACAUUACAUCGAGGAGGCCAGGCAAGCCAAAACAGUGGGGUUGAUGAGGAAUGGUCGAUUGUUAGCUGAAGGUCCUCCAGAUGCUGUUAUGAAUCAACACAAUGCUGCAACAUUAGAGAGUGCCUUUUUGCAACUUUGCGAGGACUCGGAUCAGAUCGGGCCCAAACAGAGUCCUCAGGAAAAUCUGUUAGACAGCAGCCCAUCUCCAGACAGUUUGAGAAAUGAGAGCCGAGAGCCCAUACUGGCAAAGAGCCCAUUAGAGGAAAUGCCCAAAUAUAAAGCUGACUGGAAGGUGCGGGCCAGACACGUCAUACCAAAAUGGCGCAACAUCGCAGCUCUAAUGAUCAAGACAAUGGUUCGAAUGAAAAGAACCCCAGGGUCCCUCUGUUUCCAAUUCCUGUUGCCUGCAAUUCAGAUCUGUCUGAUGUGUCUGUGUAUUGGUGGGGAUCCCAAAGGCAUUGAUGUAGCUGUGGUAAAUAAUGAAAGCAGCCCCAGUGCCUACAGCAGAUCAUUGCUGUCCUUCCUUGACAACACAAGCAUCCACCAGGUGAACUUGUCUCAUUCAAAGGCUUUUGCUGGCAUACGUAAUGGGGAAUAUUGGGCCGUCAUAGAGUUUGGGGAGAAUUUCACCAGCUAUCUAACCAAAAGAAUGUUGCAGCCCCGAGUCUCCAGAGAUGUGAUUGAGGGAGGAUCCGUACAUGUUUGGCUGGACCUGACCAAUCGACAGAUUGCCAUAAUGCUACAGAAAAAACUCCAUGAAGCCUUUGAGGCUUUUAUUGAGACAAAGCUGGGGAGUUUGUCAUACAUGGUUGCUGACCCUAUAAAAUUUGAAGAACCUAUAUAUGGCAGCUUGAAUACAGAUUUUACUACAUUUGUGACACCAGGAGCCGUUCUGAGCAUCACCUUUUACCUGGCUGUGGGUUUGACCGCUCUGUCCUUUGUGGUAGAGAGGAAGGAGGGGCUGAUGGACAGGUGCUGGGUGGCAGGUGUAAGUUCUCUGGAGACCAUGCUGGCCCACCUCUUCUCACAGCUCUUUGUCAUCAGUGUUCAGAUCAUCCUUCUGCUGAUCUUCAUCCUGCUGGUCUUUAAAAUUCCUAAUGAAGGCUCUCUGGCUCUGGUCAUUUCAUUGAUUGUGCUGCAAGGUGUGACUGGAAUAUCUUUCGGACUGGUCAUUUCCUCUGCCAUCGAUGACGAGCAGUCAGCCAACCAAGCUGCUCUUGGAAUCUUCUACCCCAACCUCAUAAUCAGUGGUAUUAUCUGGCCGGUUGAGUGUAUCCCAUAUCCUCUGCGUUAUUUGAGUGUAGCCCUACCCCAGACCUAUGCAUCUGAAUCCCUGCGCUGCAUCAUGUAUAGAGGUUGGGGUUUGUCCCGUAUGAUGGUUUGGCGAGGCUUUGCAGUCACUCUGGGCUGGAACACAUUCUUCCUCAUGCUCGCAACUGUCAUUCUCAAGCUGAGAACAUGAGAGGCUCUACCAAAUAAAGGUGCUUCAGAUUGGAGAUAGUGGUGUCAGGCAAGGCCCAGGAUUCAUCUGACCAGGCUUCUCUUGCUCUCUUGCAUAGAGGCCUGUGGGUUUUCUGCCCUGCCAAAAUGGAUGAAAAAUGAUUGACAAAUGGAUCUGCCAAUCUGAGCCUCUUUCUCUUUAAGGACUGGCCAGUGACGUCCCCCCUCCUGAGGACCAUCAGCAUGAAAUUCUGAACCAGCUAAAAGACUUCACUCUAACUAUUCCAGCACUGCUUCUGUCAAACAUCUGGAGCAUUUUUUUUUAAGCUUACUGUUGGAACUUUCCAUGCUCAUUUAUGGAACUCUUUUUCUGCUGGUUUAUGUAAUUCAGAAUUAAUUUAAUGACUAGGUUUUUGUGUGCCUGAGGUUCGUUGUGUACUGUAUGUUCUACAUGUCUUGUUUGUGCCAGUAAACAUUGGAUAACGUACAACCUAAUUACACCAACAUUGUUCUGGAGAAACGUACAAUGUUGCCCAUCCCUGUACCCUCUCAUCCUGAACAGAAAGGACAUUGAUGAGUGACUAUUGACUAUUCUCUGGUCAAUAUAGGGCACAAUAGUGUUUUUCCAUAUUGCUGCUUAUUCAUUGUUUUUAUGAUAAAUGUUUUAAGAAGUUAAAAGUUGGGGUGUUAAUCAUCUAUCAAGUGCCAUAACGAAAAUGAAGGAAGAAAGGCCAUGUUUACAUUUGAGCACAAAACAGGUUUAAAGUUAAACCUGUGAUUUUGCUGAACAGAAAACAGAAGAUUAGUCUACUAUCUACUAUUUAUUCAUGUUCAACUAUAUUUGAAGGCCGCACAAAUGCAUCACAAUGCAAAGACAUGCUGAGUUAUUUGGAAUGGUAAGUAUAGUUUUAUGAAUAUUGUAGUGUGCAAUACUUGAUGAAGAGAAUGCAUAUUAUUGGUAAAAUUAUAUUGUUUUUGGUAAUAUAUCUUAGGUGUGUGUAACACUGUCCUUCUAAAACUUCAACCAAUGUGUUGUGUUUAAAUAUUUAACUUUAGGCUAUUUUAUUUCACCAUUUUCCUUUAUUUGGCCAGGUCCACAUUCUGGUUUGGUUUAUUUGUGUCAACCCUACAAAUCUAGGGCCCACUUAACUGAACUGAGAUACUUGGCAAGCUACUUAAAGUAUAGACUAUGAAAUUCUCUGAAUUUUUUGUAAACUACCUGCAAAUUUGUUUCUAAUGUACGGUAUGUAAUAUGUCUGUUAUAAUUGUUUAACAGUUAUAGUAAAAAACUGUCUUUUUUUUUAUAAUGUUUAUUUGUUUUUGUGUAAAUAAUGUUUACCUUUAGACACCUUUAAACUUAACUCUCUUCUGGAGCUGCACUGGGGAAGACCACCACAGCUGAUGUUAAUGAUGUUGUCUGCUUAUGUUAUUAGUUGCAGAAGACUGAAACUAAAAACCACCACCCACUUGUUUCAGCUCUUGCAGUUCCCCACCCUCCUCCAUCACCAAACUAUUAGCACAUUUCUGUUUCAAACCUCUGUGGUCUCUAUACUUGUAAUAUUUCAAAACUGAGGGGAAGCGUUUAAAGUAUCGGCUAUUGACAAAAAAAAACAGAGGCACUCCAAAAAAAUAUCCCAAAGUAAUCACUAAAUUCAGAGUGCUCCUCCCUGAGAUGCAGGUCAAAGGUUAACUAUAGCUUCAUAAUGCUAGUGUGCCAAUAAACAGAGAAGCCAAUGACAUCAGAGACUGGUAUUAAUCUUAUCUGAUGUUUACACACUGAUGUCAAGUGCGGCUGUUUAUCUGUUCAGACAUGUGAGAGAAGAUGAAAGUGAGGUCAAAGUUGGAUGCAUUAUGUCAAAGAGACAUUCCAUAUUGCUAAAGCAAUGUCUCUUGUAGUUUUAAACAUGUCACACUGCUUGUUGAUUUCAGCUUCCAACCUUUAUUAAUUUUGUAGAAUUGUCCUGUUCUACUGUCGUUCUUAGAGCUUGCAAUUUUAUAAAAUGUGUCAUGACCAACAGCAGAAGAGAUCUGAAGAAAAUUCUAGGAAAAUGCUAAUAUCUUUUGCUGUUUUCCUCAGUUCUAAGAACUGCUGGAAAAAUAACCGUCCUCCCGUAGACUGACAUAAUUUAUUAUGGGAAAUCGAACACCACACCCAAGUUACAUGAUCAGGAUACAUAUUUACUCAUGACAUACUGUAAAUCCAUUUCUGAAAGUCAGCCCAUAAGAAAUUGAUUCUUCUGGAUUUUACUUACUAAGUGCACUGAACCAAAAAUUCAAACUAAAGAAAUGGUUUGUGAAAACAUACUCUCAAUUAGCAGUUUCUUAGGAACACCUGCACAACUACUUAUUCAUGAGAUUAUCUAAUCAGCCAAUUGUGUGGCAGCUGUACAUUGCAUAAAAUCAUUCAGAUACAGGUCAGAAGCUUCAGUUUAUGUUCACAUCAACCAUCAGAAUGGGGAAAAAAUGUGAUCUCAGUUGUUUCGACUGUGGCAUGAUAGUUGCUGCCAGAUGGGCUGGUUUGAGUAUUUCUGUAACUGAUGAUCUCAUGGGAUUUUCACAAAAGCGAAUGUGCAAAAACAGCAGAAGAC